UCUUUUUAUCCGCAACGCCAGUUCUGCAACCCUUCCGCCCAACCCAACGGGAAUCCGGCCGCGAUGUCCCAGUGGUGCCAUACCCCCCCCCGACCCCAUCUGAUCUCCUACCUCCGCAUCUCCUCUCUUGACUCCUGCUUUCCCUUCUCUACUCUGUGAUCUCCAUCUGUUGCUCUCUCUCUCUCUCUCUCUCUUUCUCCGAGUCUGUUAUAAGCCCAAGAUACUUCCUUUAUUGAGGUAGAAAAGGUGCAACGCCCCUGGUGAGUAGGCGGAGGAGGGAUGUCGCAGGGUGCAACGCCGCCAGCGACGGUGGCGCAGCUGGGGUACGCGGUGGAGCUAUACUUUGAUCCGGCGCUGGAGAACCAGGUGCUGAAGGCAUGGAACGUGCUGGCCCGGCGGCAGAUCAGCACCCAGCUUAUCGAGAUGGCCGCCCGGCCCCACCUCACUCUCCUCUCCUCCCCCUCCCUCGACCCCCUCAAGCUCCAUUCCGCCCUCCGCUCCCUCGCCUCCCGCCUCGACCCCCUCCCCCUCUCCCUCUCCUCCGUUGGUGCCUUUCCUUCCUCUUCCUCCUCCAAUAUAGCCGCAGGCGGCGGCGGCGGCGGCGGCGGAGUCCUCUUCCUCGCUCCCACCCCGUCAUCUGCCCUCCUCCACGUCCACUCCCAGCUUUGCGACGCCCUCAAGAAGGAAGGGGUGGAGUUGCCUGAGGAGUUCCGGCCCGAUGCCUGGGUCCCCCACUGCUCCGUGGCCCAGGACGUCCCCAGGAGCCGGAUGGCUGAGGCCUUCUGCAUCCUCCGCGACCUCAAGCUCCCCGUUUCUGGCUACGCCAUGGAUAUUGGCGUCGUGGAAUUCUCGCCCGUCCGGGAGAUCUUCUCCUUUCCUCUCGGAAGCGCCCUCGAUGCCUAGAGACUCCACUAUGGGUUUGCAACUCGAUUAGAUUUUUUCUUAGGUAGUAUUUGCUGAAGCAUCGAAAAUUUCCAAUGGAAACACAAAACUACAUCUUAGUAGGUGUCUUGUAUGGAAGCAGACUUGUUACAUCUGUUAAUCAAAAUUCCUUCUACCUCAAACUAAUGACAAGAAAGGAGGUCUACAUUCUUAACCUUUCUGAGCAAGAUAUUACUAGUAGCAAGCUUUUAUCCCCAUGGGAUAAAAAGCUUCCUCUAAAUUAUGGACGCUUCAGCAUGUGUUGUG